UGAUUACUUGUAGUUGUUAUUGACUUGUGACUUUGUGACUUGGCUUCGGCCUUAAUUUUGAAAACAAACUAAGACUUGGCUUCGGCCUUAAUUUGGAAAACAAUAUAAGACAUGGUUUCGGCCUUAAUUUUGAAAACAAACUAAGACUUGGCUUCGGCCUUAAUUUUGAAGACAAACUAAGACUUGGCUUCGGCCUUAAUUUUGAAAACAAUAUAAGACUUGGCUUCGGCCUUAAUUUGAAAACAAUAUAAGACUUGGCUUCGGCCUUAAUUUUGAAAACAAUAAAAGACUUGGCUUCGGCCUUAAUUUGAAAACAAUAUAAGACUUGGCUUCGGCCUGAAUUUUGAAAACAAACUAAGACUUGGCUUCGGCCUUAAUUUUGUAAACAAUAUAAGACUUGGCUUCGGCCUUAAUUUGAAAAUAAUAUAAGACUUGGCUUCGGCCUUAAUUUUUAAAACAAACUAAGACAUGGCUUCGGCCUUAGUUCUGAAAUCAAACUAAGAAUUGGCUUCGGCCUUAAUUUUGUAAAAAUACGCCAGACUUGGUUUAGGCCUUCUAUGAAUUUUAUAACUAAAAAUAUAUAAAUAAAUAUAACACAUGACUUGGCUGUAUGGGCUAUGAUCCCUUUGCCUGUCCUACGGACAAAAUAACCAAAAAAAAAAAAAAAUUGACUUGCUGUCGCUGAUACGGAAUAAUUAUAAAAUUGAGCAAGCAAAGUUGCGCUAUUUUAGUCGUAAUGUUACGACUACGACUGUUAUGAUUAUUCUUCAGUGAUAUACGUUAUUAGGUUUUAAUUUGCAUUUAGUGAUUCAUCACAUUAGUAAUAAUUAUGUUGAUAAGUCAAUAUUUCACUUUAUGUUUGUGAUUGUGCAUUGCUUUGAUAAUGAUUCCUUAGGGCUAAUGUGGUAUGGCACUGGUUACGAUUCGACGUUCUCCGAGUGUGCAAACACCAAGGAAAACGGAUGAGACAGAAAAAUCAAGCGACAUCAUUGAAGAUGAUGUUGAAAACCGCAUCAGCAGGAGGUAGCCUCAAUGAGUGUUAUUUCGCGAACAAGGGUGCGGCUCUGGUGCUGGGCGGCGGCUGUUCGGAGCAGCGGCGGUCGCCGGCGCGCGCGCACCCGCAGCCGGACAUACAACACCACCUCCAGUCCAUGUUCUACCUGCUGCGCCCAGAGGAAACGCUCAAAAUGGCGGUGAAACUGGAGAGCGCUCACGCGGGCCGCACGCGGUACCUGGUGGUGGUGUGUCGCGGGGACGAGGCGGCGUUGCUCGGCAUCGACUGCAACCAGCACACCACCGUCGGCCUCGUGCUGCGUGUGCUCGCCGACACCGCCAUCAAGCUCGACGGGGACGGAGGGUUCAGUGUGUGUGUGUGCAAUCAACAACACAUAUUCAAGCCGGUGUCUGUGCAAGCCAUGUGGUCGGCACUGCAGACGUUGCACCGGGCGAGUGGGCGGGCGCGGGAGUUGAACCACUUCGCGGGCGGGCCCUCCCACGCGUGGUGCGCCUUCUACGAGAGCCACGUGGACUCGGACCGCUCCUGCCUCAACGAGUGGCACGCCAUGGACUGCAUAGAGUCCCGACGACCACCCUCGCCAGAUUCGCUGCGAGUCAAGCCGCGCGAGCGAGACGAGACGGAGCGAGUGAUCCGGUGCAAGUUGAAGGAGGUGAUGAUGAGUGUGGACCUCGACGAGGUCACUAGUAAAGCCAUCCGCGGCCGGCUGGAAGAGGACCUGGACAUGGACCUCGCCGAGUACAAGUCCUUCAUUGACCUCGAGAUGCUGACCAUCCUCGGACAGAUGGACGCGCCCACCGAGAUAUUCGACCACGUGUACCUUGGCUCCGAGUGGAACGCUAGUAAUCUAGAAGAGUUGCAACGCAAUGGUGUCCGACACAUAUUGAAUGUGACGCGAGAAAUAGAUAAUUUUUUCCCCGGUAUGUUUGACUAUCUAAACAUAAGAGUAUAUGACGACGACAAGACUGACCUCCUAAAACAUUGGGAUAAUACUUUUAAGUACAUAAAUAAAGCCAGAAACGAGGGUUCAAAAGUACUCGUCCAUUGCAAAAUGGGAAUUAGCAGAUCGGCGUCUGUCGUUAUAGCGUACGCUAUGAAGGCGUUCAAUUGGAACUUCGAGAAAGCCUUGAAGCACGUCAAAAUGAAGAGGAAUUGCAUAAAGCCGAAUACCAACUUUAUCAGUCAACUAGAAACGUAUCAAGGUAUACUCGACGCUAUGAAGAAUAAGGAGAAGUUACAGAGAUCAAAGUCAGAAACAAAUUUGAAGUCGCCGAAGACGGUGUCGAAGGCCGAGAGUAAGGUGAUGGAGCCGACGCCCCUAGUGCUGGCGCUGACGGGGUCAUACUGCGGCCGGCCGCGCUCGUGGUCGCCCGACACCAAGCUGGCGUCGGAGCUGCUGCCGCCUACUUCCGUCUCUCUGGAGAACCUCGCCUCCGAGACCCGACACAUGCUCAUGCCGUGCGCCAACGGCAGCUACAGCGUCUCCCCCAAUCAAAUCAUCCGACUCAAAGAAGAAGGAGCCCCUUCUGUCAAACACAUUGUUAACGAAAUUGAAAAUGCGGCGUCUAACGACAGAAGGGAUUUCAGCAGAAGAUAUCAAAAGUUAAAUUUCGGUACACAAAGCGAUACGCACAGCAACCGAUCUUCCGAGACGCCGACCGGCUCGCAGCCGGACACGACGGGCAGACCCCCACAGGCGUCGCCCUCGAAAAAUUUAAGUCACAAAUGUCCGCACUCGAAUAUUGAGGCGGAUAAAAUUCACACCUGGGAUCCCGGGGAGACGCGCUGGUCGCGAAGUGAAGAGAUUCGAAACCUUAGCGAUAGUGACAAUAUAGUGAAAAGUGAUAGUGGUAUUAUAGACGUGAAAACUAAACCGAGUGAUGCUUUAUCUAGUUCCGUAGACCGCAUCGCAGACAGUGAUGAAAGGCGGACAGUCGACGACGACCCGCCGCCGCCACCCAGUCGGCAGAGCUCGUGGAGCUCGUUCGACAGCGCCGUCGUGCCCGACCUCUCGCGCCAUUCCUCCUGGGGGUCGUACGACACGCGCGUCUCGCGCACGCAGCCCGUCUUCCGAGACGACUCCAUCAAGCGCACCAAGGAGCGACCCGAAGACCGUCCCCCCCGAAAGGACGACGAGAAGAGCGACCCGGCCGCGACCCCCCAGCGCCCCGCCUCCGACCUCAGCAUCAUCAGCGAGCACACCGAGCCCGCGGGGAGGAGGCGCGCGACGAACCGCCCGCCGGUCGAUAUUUCGGAUAACGAACGGAAGUUCAACGAAACGUGUGCCAUAUUGAAGGAGCUCGCGACGGCGGCGGCGCGCAUGGAGCGCACGCGCGACCGCGGCGCGUCCACGUGGAGCGGGCGGCUGGCGGCGUCGGCGCCGGCCGACACGUGGCUGCGGGCCGGCCCGCGGGCCGCGCCGCGCCGCCGCCGCCGCGCCGCCGCCUCGCACGGCGACCUGCCGCGGGCCGCGCCGCCGCCGCCCGAGGGGCUCGUCAGCAACCUCAAGAAGGAGUUCGAGGCCCGCUCCGAGGCCGACGCGCCCCAGCGCUCCAAGUCUCGCAGCCGAGGGCCGCCCUCCGAGGGUCGCGACCGUCCCUCCUCGUCGCCUCCCGCCGCCGAAGAUCUAUCCGUGAAAGUGCUAGUCGACCGGUACGACCAGCCGGGGCGGGCGCGGUGCGAGUCGAGUUGCGAGCCGAGGGUGAAGGCCCCGCACGAGUCGAUGUCGAAGAAGUGCAAGCUGACGUCGGAGGGCGAGGCGUGCGCGGCGGGCUCGGAAGGCGCGGCGGGCGCGGGCCCCGCGGCCGGCCUGGCCCGUGCGGAGCCGCGGGCGGGCGCGGCGCUGCGCAACUCGUUCUGCGGCGCGCUGCGCGGGGAGCGGCCGCCCGUGGCGCCCACGGUCGUGUCCAUCGCGCCGCUCGACUAUCCCAAUAUGGUGGUAUCAACUGUGAUGUCGAAAGCUCAAAACAAAAAACAAUUGCAACACGGGAAGACCCAUCCGUUGACGAGGCUCAACUUGAAUCGGUCGAAUAAUAGAUGUUCAAAUCCUGUAUAUAAUACCAUGUAGUCCAUUGAUUAGACAUAUGAGUGUUCACGGGCAAAAGAUCGAAGAGUUUUGAAACUUGACCGGAAUGUGCGAGUGGAAUGGUUUAUUAUUAUUAUAAUAAACAACAAUAAUUAGGUAAAGCUACCUAGAAUUAGCUAAAAAAGAAAUUGGGCAGGCUGUUUGUAAAUGUGAACCACUAUAACUCAGAAUGUAUAGUCUAAUAAUAAAAUGGCAGUGAAACUUUAAUUUAAUAUCCUUUCUUAUUUUCAAGAAAAUUCCUUUUCUUUAAAGUAGCAAAAAAUCAUGUCUAAUUAUUUUAAACACAGUUCUUAGUGUUACUAGGGGCUACUGAGUUUAAGUUCCGUUCCUGUCAAUUUUCAAAACUCCGUGACCUUUUGCACUAUUAGAUCUCUAAUCAAUGGCCUAAUGUAGAAGUAUUUGUUUUUUAUUUAUUAUGAAUUCUUGCCAAACUCGAUAUUUUAUCUUUCUAGAGUUUUAUAUACUAUUUACAAAGUGAAAUCACAGUGUAUUUGUCUAUCACGUAAAUUGUAUUAAGCGGCUGUUUGUGCGUAGAGAAAUGUUAAAGAGAGAAUAAAUUCAAUACAACUGAUGUACAACUUUUGA